AAAUUCAAAAUUUGAUUCAAGUACUAGAUCUAAUAAGUGGGCCUAAAAUAUUGGAUUAAUCUAAUAUUAGUGCCUAAUAAGUUUAAUUUUAAUAAGAUUUUGUCUGAAGCAACUCAUACUGACGCUAGACUGUUAUCCCAAAAGUGACAAGUUCAAAUCCAGGCUCAAGUCAGAAGAAAGUCCCUGAGUCCACCCAGCACUGAUGGGUAUCUAACUCAUAUUAGGAAAGUAAAGGCGGCUGAAGAUAGUGCUGACCACAUCAUCACUUCAUUUGCUGAAUUCACAGAAACCAGUGAACUCCAUGUUUCCUGCUCCGUGGCCUAACAGAUCUACAAGUAUAGAGUACGACACUAAUUUUAAAGACUAGUCGUGAUUUGCCUGUGUUGGAAAUGGAAACAUUUGAUUCAGAACUGGAACCUGAGAGUAAACUAGAGAGAAAAAGACGCAAGGCAAGAGAAAGGAAGGCCCGAUGGAAAGCUAAACUAGAUGAAGUAUCUAAGGCUAGGAUUCGGGAAACAGAAGCAAAUCGCAACUACUUAAAGAGACAUAUUAUGGAGAUGCCAGAAGAGGCUUUAGCACGACGGAAGGCAGAGGCCAGUGGUGGUAGGUGCAGAAGAGAUGAUGAACCUUCAGAAUUUUUACUAGCGAUGCGGCGGGCAAACACCUUAGCUCAAAGACGCAGACGAGCGAAUCUAGAUCCAGAGACAGCUGCGAGGCAACGGGAGGCCGAUGCUGCACGCAGAAGAAAAGCUAGAGAGGAAGAGACUCCAGAAGCUGCAGAAGCGAGGCGGUGGGCAAAUACCUUAGCUCAAAGACGCAGAAGAGCGAAUCUAGAUCCGGAGACAGCAGCGAGAAGAAGGGAGGCCAAUGCUGCACGCAAAAGAAAAGUUAGAGGAAAGGAGGGCGAAAUUCAUUAAAGAUAAUAUACAACCAGAAUAUUGCGGUAAAAAUUUCAAUAUCUGCCUGAUUUGUUAUUUUAAGUAUUUUGCUGACAAGUUUCCUCCUGAUUGUAAAUUUGACGUUCAGGAAAAGAGUAGAUUGACAAACUUAACUAAUGCUUCUGGGAUCUGGACUGACUCUUCAAAAACCCUAUGAUGUUUGAUUAGUUUUUUUAUACAAUUAACUUAUUUAAUUCACAUUUUGUUAUAUUUUUAGACUUGUGUAAAAACUAAUCUGAGAUUAAAUAGUUACAGUCGAAUGCAUCUAGUCUAUGAUUUAAGCCAUGAUUAUUAAUCGCUCUUUUAUUUUUGUUGCCAGUCGGUGAACAAGAUUUUGUUUUGGUGUCUGGAUGUUGUGUUUAAUCCAAAUGUAGUAGUGAGCAGAGUUUCUUCCAGCCAUCACUUCGAAGAAAGUCUAC